CUCCUUCAUGACCUUGUGCAGGCAGUGUUCUCUGGAAGCUUCCACCCACUCUGCUCCCUAUAAAGGUAGACGGGAGAGCCUACAGAGCCCAGAGGCUGAGAUCCACGGAGUAACUUCCAUCUGUCUCCCUCCACCAUGCAGAUCUCUACAGCACUUCUGUUCCUGCUGCUCACGGUCACUUCCUUCACCUCCCAGGUGCUGGCUCACCCAGGCUCCAUCCCAACUUCCUGCUGCUUUAGCAUGACCAGUAAGAAGAUCCCCAACACACUACUGAAGAGCUACAAAAGAAUCACCAACAGCAGAUGCACCCUGAAAGCCGUCGUCUUCAAGACCAGAUUAGAUAAAGAGAUCUGCGCUGACCCCAAGAAGAAGUGGGUCCAGGAUGCCACAAAGCACCUGGACCAAAAACUCCAAACUCCAAAACCAUAAACAACCUCCUCUCUUGACACUAACCCAGAGCCUAAGAACUGCUUGAUUCCUUCUCUUUCCUUAGAUGUGCUCUGAGGGAAUAUCCGCACCAGUCCCCUGAGGACUUGGAUUCAUGUAGUUCCAGAUGGGACUGGAAGUCAUUAUGUUUGCUGAAAUAAGUCAGACUGAAUAUAUUGUGUAAUUUCUUGCAUAUGCAACAUCUUAAAAGGGGGGAGCAUGAAAGGAGAUGUGGAAUUAUUGAGGAAUAGAAUGGGGUAACUGGGGAUAAUAGAGGGGUAUAGACAAUCAAAGCACCUUAUACACAUAUAUGAAAAUGUCAUAAUGUGAUCCAUUGUUUUGCACAAUUAAUAUACACUAAUUAAAAUGUUAAUAUUUAAAUACAUGUUACAUUUAAGAUAUUGGAGUUUUAAAGCACAUUUUAAUGAACAUCAGUCCUUUUUGUCAUUGUGUUGUUUGCUUGCUUGUUUGAAACAGGGUCUCACUGUAUCACCCUGACUGACCUGUAACUUACUGUGUAGACCAGGCUGACCUCAAACUCACAGAAAUUUACCUGCCUCUGCCUUUAAAGUGCUACCAUGCCAAGCCAGAAUGGUUUUUAUUAGAAUAUACCAAUUAUAUAUAAUAAAAUGUUUUAUUGCA